GGGGAGAUGGGAGCCCGAGCGCCGCGGGCUCCGCGUGCCGGAGUGGCCGUUCGACGGCAAGCACGCCAGUGGGACGCCGAGGGCCAAGAGGCGGCGGCGAACUUCCACGCGCGGCAAGGGCGGGUGGGUGGCCGGAGUCGGGGACAGCAGGCACAGCGGCGUGGCAGCGUCGCCCGGGACGCGCGCAACCGUCGGCAACCUCUGAAGCGGUGCGUCGCCGACAGCCUCAACAACCGCUGGAGUCUGAUGCUGCAGCGGCGCGGCCCCGACGGUUCCAACCUCCUGAGGCGCUGCUACCACCAGGUCAAACUACCCAUCCAUGCGCUGAGCACCAAAACGGCGGCGGCGGAGCCACCAGUGCCGGAUCGAUGCCCCCAUCGGCCUCGAGCCUUGGUGCAGCCGGACCGGCGAAAAGCCGGGCGGGCACAUCGGGCUGCACGGGCUGGUUCGAGGGCCCCGCGCCGUGCCGGUGGUUGCGACGGAGGUUCUGACGGCGCUGGUUCCAACCUCCACGCCGGAAGCGGCGGAGGUCGCGCACAUGACGCUGGAAGUGGCGGUGUCGGCCAACACCAUGGCGGCGGUGGCGAGCGACGAAGCGGUGGCCACGGCCAUUGACGCGAAGGAGGCGAAGAAACAGGGACAUUGGAACUCGAGGUAGAUAAAACAAGAUGGUGGCUAAUGGCGAUGCACCUGCAAGAGGGAGUGCAGCUGCAGCUGCAAGCUUGCGCAGACGUAGAACCACCAGUGGUGCUGCCGCUGCUGGAGGUGGUGGCGGCGCCAGUACAAUGCUUCAGUUCUAUACUGAUGAGGCUGCUGGGCGCAAGAUGUCCCCAAAUGCUGUUCUGAUCAUGAGCAUAGGGUUUAUUGCCGUCGUUGCCGUACUCCAUGUUUUCGGCAAGCUGUACCGCACCCCUAAUUAGGUUCCAUAUAUACAAGCUGAGUUUAUGUGUCUAUGAACAGCGAAGUCGUAGACUUUGCAUAGCAAAUGACUGUCGGGUCCUGAAAAGAUUUACCUUAUAAUACUGAGAUGUUAUUGUCGAAUCA